AUGGUCAAGUUUCUGCUGAUUGGAUGGGGACUGCCAGUGGUGGUCAUGACCGCCUACACAGUAGUGCAUCUCAAUCCAAAGUUCAACAAUAGCUGCUGGACAAAGUCAAUGGGCUACUGGGAGCUGCUCUACAACAUCCCGCCAAUCAGUUUUAUUCUGAUAAACAUCGUUCUUUUGGUAAACAUGACCUACAUCAUGUUCAAGAAGCUUUCCUCGUCAAAUGACACUCACAUCAAGUCAGGCCUUCGAGCGUCUCUUUUUCUGGUGCCCGUCUUUGGCAUUCAGUACGUCUUUUACAUUGUCCCCUUUGAUCCAUUUGAGUCCUGUGCGACCUAUCUCUUCGUCAUCCACUACGUUCUCAUUAUCACAGAAGCACUGCAGGGAGCCAUGGUGGCCACCAUCUUUUGUUUCUUCAAUAAAGAGAUUCAAGAGAAUAUUCAAAAGCAAUUCAAAAAGAAGCGGUAUUUUCGUUACGGCGACAGCGUCCACCACACUGAACGCCAUGAGCUGAGUGGUGCAAAGCGAUCUCGCAAACUUCACUCACAAACCUCCACCACCUCUUGCUCACCGUCCAC